AUGUUGUCAGCACGAGGGACCUCCUGGACGAAAUAUGGUUACCUUCAUGGCAAGGAGAACGCUUAUGACCCCGUUAAGAACCCGAAUGGUGAUGUCAUUCUUACCAAUGCUUUCAACUGGUUCAUACUUGAAGAUCUUGCCAAGUUCAUGAAUAGCCAUCAUGAGCUUGAUAAGAGCCUCCUCACAUAUGGCGAAGGCUACACAGGAACCUUGCGACUUCGAUCGGCCAUGGCAAAGCACCUGAACAGACACUUUCAUCCAGCUCAGGCCAUUGAUGCUGAGGAAAUCACAUUUACUGCAGGUGUAACCAACAUUAACGAGGUUUGUGCCUUGGUCACCUGCGAUCCUGGGGAGGCUAUUAUGCUUGGGAGGCCUAUUUACGGCCCCUUCUCCAAGGACUUUGUCAUGAGGACUGGGGUCAACCUUGAAUAUGUGUCAGUGGGAGAUACAGACCAAUUCUCGCCUGACUGCAUUGCAGGCUACGAAGCCGGGUUUGAGGAUGCAAAAGCAAGAGGCGUCAACAUCAAGGCGUUGGUCAUAUGCAACCCACACAACCCUAUAGGACAAUGUUAUCCUCGCGAGACGCUAGUUGCUCUUUUGCGAUUCUGUGCAUCAAAGGGAAUCCAUCUUAUCAGUGAUGAGAUAUAUGCGCUCUCAGUCUAUUACCAAGAGGGUGAUGGAUCUGAGAGGUUCACAUCUCUUCGAGCUGUUGACACUUUGGGCAUCAUAGACCCUAGUCAAGUCCAUAUCCUUCAUGGAAUGUCCAAGGACUAUGCCGCAGCUGGUCUUCGACUUGGAUGCGUCAUUACGCAGAACAAAGAGUUUUCCAAGGCUGUGCGUGCCAUUUGCCGAUUCUCCUCACCGUCGCAACUGUCCAUGUACUUGGCAGCCAAGUUCCUCGAAGACGAGGCGUUCGUAGACCAGUUCUUGGAGAAGUCGCGAACCAGGCUACAAUCAGGUCGUGUCUUGACCAAUAAGCUCUUGAAAGAAGCCAAUAUUAACUAUCACGAAAAAGGUAACGCCGGCCUCUUUGUGUGGCUCGACCUGUCACGACAUCUGGACCUUGAAGAAGUCAACGGUGACGAGUGGGAAGCCGAAAAGAGACUUUCUCAGCGCCUCACGCGGGCCGGAGUCAUUAUGGACACGGGGAGUGAAUAUCGGGCGCCUCGGGCGGGAAGAUUUCGCCUGAUGUUUACUGUAGACGAGGGGACCCUUCGUGAAGGGAUCAAGAGGAUAUCUGCUGUUCUAGGGGAGAAAUAA